AUGAGAAUUAGGGCAGGCACGUCAAUUAGGGCAGGCACGUCAAUUAGGGCAGGCACGUCAAUUAGGGCAGGCACGUCAAUUAGGGCAGGCACGUCAAUUAGGGCAGGCACGUCAAUUAGGGCAGGCACGUCAAUUAGGGCAGGCACGUCAAUUAGGGCAGGCACGUCAAUGACGGAGGCGAAACAUACACACACCCCUCCCCAAACCAGCCCCAGCCACCCUCCAUAG